AUGGAGACAAUCAGGCUGUUGAUCUCUCAAGCAGUCCAAUUUGGAUGGCCGAUCUAUCAGAUGGAUGUGAAGUCGGCAUUCUUAAAUGGAGUACUCGAAGAGGAGGCCCCAAGAGCCUGGAACACAAGAAUUGACAAUUACUUCAAAAAGGAUGGAUUUGAGCAGUGUCCAUAUGAACAUGCUCUCUAUGUAAAGAAGAAGGAAGGGAUGAUUCAAGAUUUUAAGAAGAAAAUGACGAAGGAGUUCGAGAUGACGGAUCUUGGUCUGAUGAGGUACUUUCUUGGUCUGGAGGUCAGACAAGAUAAAUCUGGGAUCUUCGUCUCUCAGGAAGCCUAUGCAAAAGGACUUCUAGAGAAGUUUAAAAUGACAGACUGCAACCCGGUUUCAACGCCAAUGGAACCCGGGUUGAAACUUUCAAAGUAUGAUGGAGGAGAGAGAGUUGAUCUGAGUUACUACCGGAGUCUAGUUGGAAGUCUGAGAUACUUGACAUGUACAAGGCCGGAUCUGUGUCUGAGUGUUGGGAUCAUAAGUCGAUUUAUGGAAGACCCGAGGUACACUCACUGGAAGGCGGCUAAGAGAAUUCUGAGAUAUGUGAAGGGAACAAUCUCUCAAGGACUUCAUUACUCGAAGUCGGACAAAUACAAGUUGACGGGUUAUUCAGACAGUGAUUGGUGCAGAGAUGUUGAUGAUAGAAAGAGCACGGCUGGCUAUGUGUUUUUCAUGGGAAACACGGCUUUCACGUGGGUGUCAAAGAAGGAACCCAUUGUGACCCUGUCUACAUGUGAAGCCGAGUAUGUUGCGGCAUCUUGGUGUGUUUGCCAUGCAAUAUGGCUAAGGAAUUUACUAAGCAAGUUGGAGCAAGGGCAAGUCGGCGCAACCGAAAUCCAAGUUGACAACAAGUCUGCGGUCGAGUUAGCAAAGAACCCGGUAAAUCAUGAGAGGAGCAAGCAUAUUGAUGUCAGGUUUCAUUUCAUCCGAGAUCAAGUUAAAGAAGGAAAAGUGGAGCUCACUCAUGUUGCAAGCCGAGAUCAAGUUGGAGAUAUUUUUACAAAGCCCCUGCCGACGUUGUUGUUUGAAAAUUGCAAAAAGAAGAUGGGAAUGAAGGAUGGUAGAGAUAUUAAUGUUUAA